GGGUUUUAGCAAAAGAAAACCACAAAAAACAAAAGAGCCACCAGCGCCUUCAAGAAUUACAAUCCACGUUACAGGAUUUCCCCUUUAAUUUCCCGCUUGUGAUCGACAAUUCCAGGAAUUCAAUUGAAUAUCGGUCGUUUUACAUUGUUUUUUUGGCUUAAUCUAGAGCUUGUUGGAUUGAAAUUUGAAGGAGUUUGGUAUAGAUCGGAGCGGGGAAUUCACACUCAAUGGAAAAUAACGCUUAUGCAGCUGGUACACAAAAUAAUACCGAAUACCUUGCCCCUCCUCCUGUGGAAGGUGUAGCUGGGGGUGGGACUGGAUAUGGCUGGAAUGAUGUUAGCCUUAAAGGUCCUUUUGCUCUUUCUAAAGUUACAGAUUCAGCAAGACUACCAACCCCAGAUCUUUUGCAUGUUUGGGGCAUGCCAAGUACAGCAACAGUUGGGCAUCAAGAACCUCCAAGACCACUGGAACCUAUUUCUAUGCUUGUAGCAAGGAAUGAGAGGGAAAGUGCACAGAUUGCCUUGCGUCCAAAAGUUUCAUGGGCUAGUGGUGGUGCUGCUGGGCAUGUUCAAGUUCAUUGUACAGACUUGUGUUCCAGCUCUGGUGAUAGGCUAGAAGUUGGAAGAUGCUUGACAUUGAGGCAUGUGGUUCCAAUUCUUGGUGUACCUGAUGCGCUUGUCCCAGUGAAUUUACCCUUUGCGCGGAUUAGCUUGCUUCCUGGAGAAACUUCUGCUAUAUGGGUUUCUGUGGAUAUUCCUUCAGAACAACCUCCUGGACUUUACGAGGGGGAAAUGGUCAUCAACUCUGUGAAGGCUGAUGCAGAUUCUACAGAGGAUGGUGUGGUUGAAUCUGACAAGUGUGAAAUUAGAAGAGAGCUGGAAAAUACUUUAGCUAUAGCCGAGUCUUCACAAGGAAAACCAGUGUAUGAAAUGUUAGAAGGAUUAAGAGCUGUCACUGCAGCAUUGCAAAGAUUGCUCCAAUAUCCAUCACUCUCAGUUUCAGGUGAAAAUGGCAGCAUGGACAUGGAUGAGGACAAUCAGGAUGCUUUUUCCAUUCAUGUGAAACUUAGUGUUACUGUUUGGGACUUUGUCCUCCCAGUGACUCCUACUCUGCCUGCAGUCUUUGGUAUAUCGGAAACUGUGAUUGAAGAUCGUUUUGGAUUGGAACAUGGAAGUGAAGGCUGGUAUGAUUCGUUAGACAUGCAUUACAAGUGGCUACUGCAGUACAGGAUAAGUCCCUACUUUUGCAGGUGGGGUGACAACAUGCGUGUUCUGACAUACACUUGUCCAUGGCCUGCUGAUCAUCCAAAAGCAGAAGAAUAUUAUUCUGAUCCAAGAUUAGCAGUUUAUGCGGUACCAUAUGCACCAGUUCUAUCAAGUACCUAUGAAGCAAAAGAUGUGUUGAGGAAAGAAAUUGAAAUUCUAAAGACAAAACCUCAUUGGAAAAAAUCAUACUUUUAUCUAUGGGAUGAGCCUCUAAACUCGGAGCAGUAUGACAUGAUUCGCAGCAUGUCCAGUGAAAUAAGAUCUCUUGCACCAGAUGCCCGUGUUUUAACGACUUAUUAUUGUGGACCAAGUGAUACUCCUCUUGCACCUGGGACUUUUGAGGCUUUUGUGAAAGUACCAAGUUUUUUACGACCCCACACACAAAUUUUCUGUACAAGUGAGUGGGUUCUAGGAAAUCGUGAGGAUUUGGUGAAGGAUAUCACAGCAGAAUUACAACCUGAGAACCAUGAGGAGUGGUGGACUUAUGUGUGCAUGGGGCCUUCAGAUCCUCACCCGAAUUGGCACUUAGGGCUAAGAGGUACACAGCAUCGUGCAGUGAUGUGGCGUGUCUGGAAGGAAGGUGGCACAGGAUUUUUAUACUGGGGAGCAAACUGUUAUGAGAAAGCGGUUGUCUCUAGCGCAGAGAUAAAGUUUCGUCGAGGCUUGCCUCCAGGUGAUGGUGUAUUGUUCUAUCCCGGUGAAGUUUUUUCUUCUUCUAGUGAGCCUGUUGCUUCUGCUAGAUUGGAACGUAUUCUGAGUGGUUUGCAGGACUUUGAAUAUCUAAGAUUAUAUGCAUCACGAUAUGGUAGGUCUGAAGCCCUUGCACUUUUGGAGAAGUCGGGAGUUUAUUAUGGUCCAGAGCGUUAUACACAUAAUCACGGACCCAUUGAUGCAAUGAGAGCAGAGAUUUUCCGCACCUGUAGAUCUUCAUGAAUUCAAACAUAAGAUUCUGUAGCAAUAUCAUGCGAUAUAUUUAUUUUUAUAAUUACUAAAGCUUAAAUUCUUCAUUGCAUUUGUGUUGGGGUAUAUUUCAUGGUAUCGCCAAUGGUGUCUUUUUGUUACAGGUUCAUUUUGACUGAUUCGUUGAUAACUAUUUAAAGUAAACUAUCAGAGUUGCACAUAAAUGAUGCAGUGCACAUUUUCUAUGUUUUCCAAGAACUGCAGAUUGAUCUCUUCUGAUCAAUAUCCAAUAGGUGGUCUAUAUCACGGUAAAUGAGAUGGUUUUUUAAACGUCACAUUUCAAAAUAAUCAUCUUUGAAGGCAGAUUAUCUUUAUAUUUUUGUCUCCUGAAUUAUACUUUUGAAUCUAACACAAGCUCUAUGCAGUAGUUGUCACUUA